GGGCAUCACAUCAGCGUUGCUGGAGGGGGUGUCCAGGCCGAUCGGCAGCAGCGGGGAAGAUGACGAGCGGGCAGUGACCAGGCACCGGGCCCACCGUGCACCACAGAUGGAGAAUUUCUAAGGACAUGAUGGACGGUGCAAAGACCAGCAAUGCAGAUUAUCUUUAUGGUGAUCAAUGGAACGUGGGCCGUUUUGAUUCACCAGUGAAGGCAGACAGUGAAAGCUCUUUUGACAUCUAUGAUGGCCUGGACACAGACUAUCAAGGUGAUAUUGCAGGAAAGAGUAAACCUGUUAAGGAUUGCUUUGAUUUGUAUGAGGAAAUCCUUACGGAAGAAGGAACAGCAAAAGACAUCUCUCUGAAAGAGUUUCAGGAGAAGUCCGUAGAAAGAGAGAAACAAGUUGAGGAGUUGGUGCAAAAGCUGCAAGAAGUGGAAACCAAGAAUUCCUCUCUGUCGAAUGAAAAUAUCCAGCUGAAAAAGAACAUAUCAGCCCUCAUAAAAACUGCUCGUCAGGAAAUUAUCCGCAAGGAUGAAGAAAUUAAUAGGCUGAACAAAAGGCAAUCGGUGAAUUGGAUUGGAAACUCGCAUCUCCGACGUUACCAGAAUCAUCCCACAGUGUCGUCAAAUGUUCCGAUAGCAACACAGAACGAUGGCAUCUAUUCCAGACAGAGUCUUCCUUGUCCAUCCUGGUCUGCAAAUUUUGUGCAGUGCAUGUCUAAACCUCACCUAAAUGAAGAGAGAAACUGUCCCAAAGAUAGACCACUUGACUGUGGAAGUACGAUUUUGGAACCAAAAAACCAAUGUAAUUUACCAAGAAAUGUCAAAUCUCUUUCUAACCUUCAUUCAGUUGUCGGCAGAGAGCAUUCCUGUAAGACUCCCUCGCAUACAAGUAUUGUACCACCUCUUAAACCAAAUGCCAUCAAAGAUAAAGCAGAACUGCCUCCUUGCAAGGAGGGAAGGGGAACUGAGAAAUUGAAUGGAGAGGAUUUGGCUAAACAUGGAACUGUUGAAAAGUUUGAAAAGUUGUACAUUUCUGAGCUAUCAGGCUCUGGAAAGAAAAACAAAGAACUCCAUGCUACGGAAAAGACUGAGAAACAAGGGCAAACUUCUCUGAGUACAAAACCACAUUCUGAAGUUAAUUGCACAGCUCGACAUACUCCAGAAGAAAGGUCAGACAAAGUCAGACAUCGCCUUGGUUCGGCCUCAUUUUCUGGCACGUUUGUAAAUAGUGCAGGUUCAAAAGAAUCAAAAAGCAACGUUGAAAAGGAGGAAAGACGUAAAGAGAAAGAGGCAAAGAAAAGUGAUCACAGAAGCAGGGAGCAGGUAACGGACAAAAAAAAGGAACAGAAAAGUAGUCGCGAAGAGGCCAAGGACAAGCAAAGAGAUGACCGGUUAAGAAGUCGGUCUUCUCAAAAGGAGAGAGAGCCGGAGAGACGGCAUUGUGAAAAAAUAAAUGAUUCAUCAAAAUUGACAAGUCCUGCUAGCCCCUGUAAGAGUUCUCGAUGGAGCACUUGUGUGGCAGUGAACCAUUCUUCCUCAAAAGAGAAAAGAGACAAAAAGACUGAGUGUAAGAGUUCGGGAAAGGAAAAGAGCACCGGGGACAGCAGAGACCGAAAAAGUAAAUCGUCAAACGGGAAAGUACAAGAUGACACCGGCAAGGAGAGUGUCAGGCAGAGUGGCAAAAAUGACAACCGAAGCUUAAAAAAAGAUGAAAGGAGAAAGGAAAAGGGUAAGUGUGAGCUCAAAGAAAAUCAGAAGGACCACAGUGUUCACAGACACUCGUUACGGAAUGGAAGGGACCACGUUGACAAGGAGCAUCAAAGUAAAAAAGUCAAAACGAGAGUGACUGAGGGGCAUGAAAGAACAGCGAAAAGACGUUGUACAGGAGAUCCAGCGCAUGGUCACGGUACAGGCAGCCAGCAGAGCCUAACAGGUGAACAAAGCUCAGUAAGGGACUCUGAUCCCAAAUUGCAUUUUAUGGAAACAUUGCAGCUUACCAUUUCUCCUGUGAAGAGACAACCUGCUGCUCCUCCUGUUCCUGCUCCUCCUGUUCCUGCUCCUCCUGUUCCUGCUCCACCUGUUCCUGCUCCUCCUGCUCCUGCUCCUCCUGUUCCUCCUGCUGAUACUUUUAGUGCUGAUGCUGUUCCUACCGAUGCUGAUGCUGCUCCUGCUGUUGUUGAUGCUCCUGCUCCUGCUCCUGUGCCUGCUUCUGUACCUGCUGCUCCUGCUGCUGCUUGUGAGUUGGAAGUGUCUUGCACUCGGGUGCUCGAUGUGGAUGAGGUGGUGGAGCAUGUUGGCGGAAUGGCGCCUGCUUCAAAGAAGAGUGACACGAGUAACGAGGGAAGUUCCAACGAGGCUCAAGCAAAGAGCGAAGAAUCCGAAUCUGAGGUGCAGUCGGCAGAAACUGGGGCUUCUGCUCCACUAGCUAUUCGGGAACCUGCAGAAUGUGAAAUGAUGCCCUGUGCCCUGCUAAAGGGAGAAGAAAUGGAGGAAGACUUUGAAGUAAUAUUAGUGGACGAUUCUGACACAGUCAAGUUAACUCAACUUGUUGUGGAGACUGUGGGAACAGUGGAAGUUAUCAGUGAAGCCAUUUCUGAAGAGGAUGCAAAUUCUGCACCACUUGUGGAAAUUGAUGCUUAUAAGCGUUCUGCAUCUGUGGAAAGUCCAUCGGAAGUUAACAAGAAUGAACUGAACACAACAUCCCAACCGCUUAUAGAAAUUGACUGUACCAUUGAUGGGCAAUGUGUGGAUUUGGAUUGUCCAGUUGAAACUGACAAUGCAACCAGUGGUGAAAAUAUUCUGUCGCUCUCUUGUGCUGGGAUCCCUGAGGUUUCUGGUCAGCCUCUUAUUGUCGCUGGAACACUUAUUGCACAAUUGCCAGCUAUCUCCGAACCAGAUUCCACUGCCCACGAACUGCACCAGACACCUGCCAGUGUGACAGACUCUUUAAAUGUUGCCCCAUCAGUUAAAAGAUCUUGUGUACCCGAAGACCAGGAAGACAACUCCAUUCAGAGCAUUGACUUCACCUACAUUGGGUGCAUCGGUGCCCCGAUUAGUCCUUUAUCCAGUCCGCAACGUCCUGUCAGAUCUUCAGCAUUGGAGAAAUCGGGUAUAUCUGCAGAUAGAGAUGUUGACCACAAAGAUUCUAAAGAGAAAAUCCAAGAGAGUUCCUUAAGCAGUUGCACUCUGGAGUUGAAUAAAGAAAAUCGGGAGCCUUUGUGUAAAACAGGAGUUAAAACCUUGGAAAUUUCAGAUGAAAUAGAAGAAGGAGAAAUUUUGAGUGAUGUGGAUGAAUGUGCACCUCAAGAGCAGAAACCAGCUAGUAAUGUUCAAGAGGUGAAAAAGAGCAACAAUGAAGAGAAGGGUAAUCCUGGUCGAAGCCCAAGUGAAAAGGAAACUGGUCUGACAAAUCCUGAUGAAUCUGCUGUAAAAUCUCACAGUGAAGUAUUACCCAAAAUUAAAUCCGUUAAAAAACGAGGAAAAUCAAAAGGUGUGUCAUCAAGUCAAGAUUCUGAAGGAUUGAAAAUAUCUUCACUGAGUACUAUAGAAAAAAAGCGAAUUAAAUCCUCGGUUACUGAUUUAAUGGAAGCCCUAAAGGUUGCCCGAAAGGUAAUCCGACAGAAGUACAUGAAACUUCAUAAACAAUUUGAAAUCUGCAGGUUUAAACGGAUUAUUGAGAUUGCCAUUGCAGAAUUCAUCUCCAUAGUUAAACAGUCCAAAUUCCCCAAAUCCAGGAGAGAGCAAAAGAGUUCCAUCUGUUCAAUGAUUGAGGCAAAACUAUCACAGGUUAAAUCUAAUGGGAUUGUAAGCAGUAUUUUCUCACAACAGGCCCCGAAUAUGAAAGAAAAACUGUGGGUGUUUGUGGAAAAGCAGUUUGAUUUUAUGUUUGCUAAGGCACGCGAGACCUUCAUAUCUUGUGAGAAUAUAAGUCUCGAAUUGGCCUUGGAGGAGGAAAGAAAAAAUGAGAAGUUGAUCAAAAGUAAGAAGAGAAAGAUGAUGGUUAAGCACAAAGUUGACAAACUUUCAAAGUUGAAAAGAUCCCUGUUCUUGGAGCCACUUUUGGCAAAUAAUGUUUCGAGCAAAAGGAAUUCUAAGAGAAAGAAACUAACUGCAGAUGAGAGCAGACAAAAAGAAACCACACAAUCAAACAAACAUUCAAAGAAUUGUAUUGAGCUUACAGCUGGGGAUGUCUCCAAAGAAAACUCCAAGUCUUCCACUAAAGUCAAAAACCUGGUGUCCUUGAAUCAGAUGAAUUCAAAUGCUUCAAGCGACUCACUGAUAAAUUCCAACUUCACUAAAGACUCCCAUGAGAAAGCUGAACUUGGCAUUCUAACGGAACAACAGGCCUCUACUCUAACUUUUAACCUGGUAAGCGAUGCUCAGAUGGGUGAGAUAUUCAAGUGUUUGUUGCAGGGGUCCGAUCUGUUGGAGCAAGGGAUUUCAACGCUGGAAUGUAAUUCUUGGCCUGUCCCUGAUAAGAUGAACCAUGAUAGCAACUCGCAUCUGUCUGGUGUUACUUCCACAUCAGAGAAAGUUCCCUCAGUGUCCCAGGGCGAUAGUAUAUCUUGGCCUCCCAGCACACCAAAUAAGCACACUGUUGGGUUGAGACCGCCACUCAAUAUAGAUAUUUUGGAUGAAAGCUGCAUGCUAGAAAUCCCUGAUAAGGUGGUCCACAACAAAGACGUUCGGAUGAUCAGCCCACCUGAAGGUUCAAUUAGCCAGAAGGUAAUAGAAACUAGUUCAGCUCUACAAAUGCCUUCCACUGUGUCCUCUAUUCUGAUGGAGGAUCUGGCAGUUUCUCUUACAGUCCCCUCGCCUCUUAAAUCAGAUGGGGAAAUCAGUUUCUUAACAUCACAGAAUGAAUUAUCCUUGCCUGGUGAAGUGAGCGAGGCCAUUUUGACCAGCCAUUACAGUGAAAACGCUGUCCUCGACGAGGAGGAUGUCUUGGAGCAAGAUAUUCACUUGGCUUUGGAUUCGGACAAUUCUAGCAGCAGGUCCAGCAGUUCCUCGAUGUGGAACAAGCAGAUGUCUUCCUUUCAGUAUCAGGGCCACUCCCCGAUGCAGGCUGUUGUAAUGGAAAAAUCAAAUGACCAUUUCAUCGUCAAGAUAAGGUGCAGGGCAUCCAAAGCUGACUCUCCACUACAGAGCUCGCCCUCUGUUCCAGCAGAGCAGACGAAUGCGACAUCCAAGUUGGAACCAAGUGGAGGAUCCGUUAUGGAGACCAUUGAUAAGCAGACAAUAUUACCCGGCAACAAUGUGCAAGAUGUAAUUGAGCAGCAAGAUCGCCUGAUGUCCAAAGCAUUACCUACACAUUCUCGGGUUGUGGAGCAUCCAGCAGGUGGAGGCAAAACUCUGGAAGAGUCAGGAAUGGAGGUUGCGAUGCAGACACCUCAGUCGGAGAAAGAUCAACCAUUAACCAAACACUGUACAGUUCAUGAGCCAUCACUUGAAACCCCCAGUGGGAAUAUAAAAGGUGUCGCAUUAUUGACUGCAACAAUCUUGGAACCUGAUCCUAGCUCCAGGACCAAGAAGAGAAAACGUAACGCGAAAGUGGAUUCCACGCAGAAAAGAGCGCGUAAAGAAUCUUUGAAAACCAGUGAGAAAAAAAAUAACCAAACCAAGGCGCAAAGAAAAUCCAUUUCAUCAGCAAGGAAAGCUGACAAUGAUGCUACACCGAAGAAAACGACAACCAAUGCUUGUCAGUCCACUGUGGCGUUGGCAACCAGCCUCUCUGCUAAGAAUGUAAUCAAGAAGAAUGGUGAAGUUGUGAUUGCAUGGACAAGGGAAGAUGAUCGAACAAUACUGUUGGAUUGCCGACGGAAAGGGGCAAAUGAAGAAACUUUUAAUUACUUAGCGAGAAAACUGCGAAGAUCUCCACGACAGGUAUCGGAAAGAUUCCUUUGUUUGAUGAAGUUAUUCAAAAGGACAGGAAACAUGAAUAACUGAUAACAUAUGCAUCUGAGACUUGUAUUUGUUUCUCUGAGAUGAUUUUGGUUUUUGUGAAGAUUAAGCACAGGAUUGAUGUUGUGAUGCAGACAGAACACAGAGCUUCAUUGCCAUGGGGGUCUGCCCUUUUUCUUUCCAGCAAACAUAUUUCUUAAGCAUCGGUCUUCGUAGAUCACACUUUGAAAUGGCAUGCACACAUGAUGCAAGCAGCCGUUACACCAAUUAUAAUCUCAUCAAGUAUUGCCACCUGCCUUCCCCAGUCCCCCAAAUUGAAAUGUUUCUACUGGACUGACCAUUGAGAAGUUCGCAACAAGUUCAAUGCAGCAGAAUGCCAUGAUUUGUUUCCUCUCCUUCAGUGAUGUGAUGGAAGUGAAUUGCUUUAAUAAUGUUGACCUUUUUGUACAUUUAGCUACAUUAAUGACCUAUGACUGCCGAUCUCAGUACAUUCACCAGUGUGCUGUCAGAUUAGUGUGGUUUGUAAAGUAUAACAUCCGUGUGUGUGUGUGUACAUAAAUCUGUUCUUGCGUUUCAUAUUUUUAUGUGAAUAUCUUUGGAAGCAGGUUUGGAACUUUUUGAAAUUGCUUGCUUUCGUACCUGUUUUUAUAGAGUUGAACAAUGCUGUACAUUUGUUAAUAUUAUAAAUAAACGGUUUUAAAAUUUACAUAAGUUGUCUUAGUAUGUUUCAAACUGUGAAGAUUGAAACCUAACAAAAAUAAAUAAGUCAAUGUGAGAACUUACAAAGCUUUUUAAUCUUUGUUCCUGUUGUAUCAUGUCCAGAAUGUUUGUAAUGCUUGAUGUCACUGCAAGUAUUCUUGCCCUUU